AUGCCAUUACUAGCGGACACAGGCUAUCAUGUUGUUGCUCCUGAUCAACGCGGCUAUGGCCGUACAACAACAGGCUGGGAUACCCGAGAAUUCGCAGAUGUUGACCUUGACAGCUUCUCCUGCAUAAAACCUGAUCCGCGACGUUCUCGUCCUUGUUCACGCCUUGGGAUAUCAAAAGUGUCAAGUGUCUGUCUCAGCGAGCACGACCAGAUAUCUUCCAAAGGGUCGUUCCUGAUUAGUCACCCGUUCAGAAAGGUCCCGAGUCUUCCAAUAUUCAACAAUAAAAUAGACCAGACCACCGAAACGGCCGACGGAAAACCACCCUCGUCCCCAAAUAUCCAUACAGAGCUGGCAUCGCUGGGCCGUAAGCACCACAAAUGGUACUACUCAACCGAACCAGCAAAUUCAGAAUGA